AUGGCCGAAGUCAAAACUUAUCACCUUGGCGAUCUCUCUCUCAAGUCUGGUGGGCUUAUACCAAAUGCCUUAAUCGCGUACAAAACCUUCGGAUCCUCUUCAAGUCCAACCAUCAUCUACCCAACCUGGUACAGCGGCAAGAUUGCCGACAACGAAUGGCUGGUUGGUUCCGGCAAGGCCCUAGAUCCGGAGAAAUACUACAUAAUCAUUCCUGCACUCUUUGGCAACGGCGAGUCGAGUAGUCCUUCAAAUACUCCGGAUGUGAGGCCCUUCCCAAACGUCACUUUCUACGACAACGUCAAGGCGCAGCACCGAUUAGUUACCGAGGGUCUUGGAGUCGAGCAUGCGCGGGCCGUAUUGGGCUGGAGCAUGGGUGCCGGGCAGACGUACCAAUGGGCGGCGCAGUUUCCGGACUUCAUGGACCUAGCCGUGCCGUUCUGUGGGAGUGCGAAGACCAGCAUCCACAACCAGGUAUUUCUUGAGGGUGUCAAGGUGGCGAUUCUCGCAGCCAAAGGAAGUGCAUCCGGAGGAGUGUGCGGAGGCGAGGUUGGGCCAUCGUCUCCGUCACCCGAUUCAGGGUGGGACUCGGCACAGCGCGAGACGGCUUUGAAGGCGCUUGGGCGGGUUUACGCAGGGUGGGGGUUCAGCCAGGCGUUCUAUCGGGAGAAAGUCUAUGAAACGGAUCUUGGGUACAAGAAUCUAGAAGAUUUCAUGGUAAACUUCUGGGAAGCUUGGGCGAUGGCAAAGGAUCCGGAGAAUAUGCUUACAAUGCUUCACACAUGGCAAGCGGGUGAUUGUUCGGAUCAGGAGCCCUUUAACGGAGACCUUGGUCUUGCUCUUCGGAGCAUAAAGGCUAAGACUCUGGUUCUCCCCGGCAAAACGGAUCUUUACUUCCCGCCCGAGGACUCAGAGAACGAGGUAGAGCAUAUGACGCCUGGUGUCGGAAAGUGCAUCGUCAUCCCAUCGAUAUGGGGACAUUGGGCUGGCGGACCCGGUACCAGCAAAGCGGACGAAACUUGGCUAGAGCAGAAGCUGAAGCCAUUUCUGGAAGAUGGCACUUGGUAA